AAUCACCGACGGAGUCCUUCCCACGUCGUCUUAUACCCUAUUUUGCUAAUUCCAUUAUUUCUCCGUGACUAGCGUUUGUGACAAGUCGGCUUCGUUUUGUUAUUCUUCAAGUUUUGAAAAAAUAAGAAAACACUAAUAUCAAGAUGUUCUUAACACGUUCGGAAUACGAUCGCGGUGUGAAUACAUUCUCCCCCGAAGGACGUUUGUUCCAAGUAGAGUAUGCCAUCGAAGCUAUAAAGCUCGGCUCAACAGUGAUCGGAAUAUCAACCUCCGAAGGGGUUGUGUUAGCAGCCGAGAGACGCAUAACAUCGCCUUUGAUGGAGCCAACAACAAUCGAGAAGAUUGUUGAAGUUGAUAAGCACAUUGGUUGUGCUGGCUCUGGCCUUAUGGCCGACUCCAGAACUAUGAUUGAUCGAGCUCGGGCUGAAUGCCAGAAUCACUGGUUUGUUUACAACGAGAAGAUGAGUGUUGAGUCUGUUGCCCAGGCAGUGUCCAAUUUGGCAAUUCAAUUUGGAGAUAGCGAUGAUGAUGGCAGCGCUAUGUCGAGACCCUUCGGUGUGGCUAUUCUCUUUGCUGGUAUUGAUGAGAAAGGCCCGCAACUGUUUCAUAUGGAUCCAUCAGGCACUUUCGUGCAGUUCGAUGCUAAGGCUAUUGGCUCGGGGAGUGAAGGGGCACAACAAUCACUUCAAGAUGUUUUCCAUAAGUCAAUGACUCUGAAAGAAGCCAUAAAAGCCACGAUAACAAUUCUCAAACAAGUAAUGGAGGAGAAGUUGAACGAAACAAACGUUGAACUCAUGACUAUGACGCCAGAGGCCAAGUUCCAUAUGUUUACGAAGGAGGAAUUGCAGGAGGUUAUCGAGAGUGUGGCGGUAAGCGUAGAAGAAUCAGCGAGACGAAGGAGCAGUAGUAGAUCGUCCUCAACUCCUUUCCUAACUCCCGUCGCUUCAGUCCUGUCUGGAUACUGAAGGAAUCCUCGACCAAUACCUACUUCUGUAUCAAUAAUCCUGUAAAAAAAUUUCUGUCCUGACAUUCAAUAAAAAAUAAAA